UGUGCAUGCAUGUUUACAAUGCAUGUGUGAGGUUUCGUGCCGGAGCAAUCAGCGGGCAGACAGCAAGACGGACGCGGCGCUCGACUGUUGACGGGAGGCGGAGGCGACUCGAGUCGGUGUGGGGCUUUGGUGCUCAGGACGGAACCGAGCGAAGGGGCCAGCGAGUGGCCAAAACCUUCUCUGCUUUGCCUCACACCGGCCCCGCGGAGAAAGAAUUCUACCGCGCGUGGAGGAGACGAUGAGUGGAAACAUCUGGGCGCGGCACACUUCAUCACUAGACGACAAGCUUCCACUCGGCCGAGCCGCUUUUGUAUUUCCUCGUUGAGUCUCGUGUGGACAUUUUGGAUUUUAUUUCUCGCUUCUCGUCUUCACGCAAAUCAAGCAGUUGUGUUUGAGCCCUUUUUGCGUCCACUUUGUAAGCAUCCCUUUUAUGGUCAAUUGUGACUUUAAUAACUUUAAGACGGCUUUGUUGCCGAUAUGAGCCCACACGGUCACUUUCGAGUUGCCCUUUAAGUGCGGUUGUGGGGGGGGAAGACUAGCUGUUAGCCCCGUUAGCUGGAAACCAUCCCAAGUACCGUCGAGCGAUGCUGACUUUUUUGGCCGACCACAUGCUGUCCUCUCUGCGUCAAAUCGGACUGUAAUUGUGUCUGGACAUCAAGGGUGGACGUAGUGACACCAGCAAAGCAUCGAGUGUUGUCGCCGCUGUUGCUGUUCCCGCCAUCCACUGGCCGCCCAAGCGCUUGAGUCCUAAAUGACAAGUGCCUGAGGAUGUCAAAGCGCAGCUUCUUCGUUCGCCUGGUGCCAUGCCGCUGCUUGCGGGGUGAGGAGGAGGUGGUGACAUCUUUGGACUACUCCCACUGCAGCCUGGAGACGGUCCCCAAGGAGAUCUUCAGCUUUGAGAAGACGCUGCAGGAGCUCUUUCUGGAUGCCAACCAGAUUGAAGAUCUGCCCAAACAACUAUUCAACUGCCAGCUGCUCCAGCGACUGAGCAUGCCUGACAAUGACGUCACGGUGCUGCCGCCGGGCGUCGCCAACCUUGUCAACCUCAGGGAGCUCGACGUCAGCAAAAACAGUAUCCAGGAGUUUCCAGAGACCAUCAAGAACUGCAAGGUGCUCACUAUCGUGGAGGCCAGCGUCAAUCCCAUCUCCAAGCUCCCCGAUGGCUUCACCCAGCUCAUGAGCCUGAGCCAGCUCUACCUGAACGACGCCUUCCUGGAGUUCCUACCAGCCAGUUUUGGCAGGCUGACAAAGUUGCAGAUUCUGGAGCUGAGAGAGAACCAGCUGAAGAUGUUGCCAAAGAGCAUGCACAAGCUCACACAGCUGGAAAGAUUGGACCUGGGCAGCAACGAGUUCACCGAAGUGCCUGAGGUACUGGAGCAGCUGAGUGGAAUCAAAGAGCUCUGGAUGGACGGAAACCGGCUGACGUCGUUGCCAGGGAUGCUGGGCACGCUCAAGCAACUGCUCUACCUAGACAUGUCCAAGAACAACCUGGAGAUGGUGGACGAGCACAUCUGCGGCUGCGAGAGUCUGCAAGACCUGCUGCUGUCCAACAAUGCCCUCACGCAGCUGCCGUGCUCUAUCGGCUCGUUGAAGAAACUGACAGCUUUGAAGGUGGAUGAGAACCAACUGAUGGAGCUUCCCGACUCCAUUGGAGGGCUGAGCUCUCUGGACGAGCUCGACUGCAGCUUCAACGAGAUCGAAGCCUUGCCGCCAUCCAUCGGCCAGUGCGCGGCCAUGCGCACCUUUGCUGCCGAUCACAACUUUCUGAGCCGGCUCCCCCCCGAGAUGGGCAACUGGAAGAAUGCCACUGUCCUGUUCCUGCAUUCCAACAAGCUGGAGUCGCUGCCGGAGGAGAUGGGCGACAUGCAGAAGCUUAAGGUCAUCAAUCUGAGCAACAACAAGCUGAAGAACCUCCCGUACAGUUUCACGAAACUCAGCCAAAUGACCGCCAUGUGGCUGUCUGAAAAUCAGUCCAAACCGCUGAUCCCGCUGCAGAAGGAAGUGGAGCCCGAGACCCAAAAAACCGUACUGACCAACUACAUGUUCCCGCAGCAGACCAGAACCGAGGACUACAUUCCCAACUCCGACUCGGAAAGCUUCAAUCCGGCCUUGUGGGAGGAACAGCGCAAGCACCGAGCUCAAGUGGCCUUUGAGUGCGACGAAGACAAAGACGAGAGGGAAGCGCCCCCGAGGGAGGGCAACCUGAAGCGUUAUCCCACGCCGUAUCCCGACGAGCUGAAGAACAUGGUGAAGACGGCCCGGUCAGUGGCGCACUGGCUCAAGGAGGACGAGUCGAGCGAAGAGUCGGGGAGAGGCCCGAAGCCCCCCGCGGAGAGGAGCCACGUUGGCGUGCAGGACGUGGGAGUCAAGGUAAUCGAAGCUCCGCGCCCUAACGGCCCGGCGUCAGACUUGGAGGCCAACGCUUGCAACACCACCUUCACCAUUCCAAACAUUCCAGAGGCAGUAUCUAGGGACACCGAAUCUGAGUCUUUCAGUUCCCAACAGGCCCCUCUCAAGUCAUCCGAGAGCUCCACCAUAAACCACGAGGACACGCUGGAGGACUCUGAGGAACUGUCUGACGAAGAGGAGGAGAUGAAGAUUGCCGAGAUGAGGCCGCCUCUCAUCGAGAUCUCCAUUAACCAGCCCAAAGUGGUGUCGCUGAGUAAAGACAAAAAAGACGACAGCAAGGACGUUGACUCGCUGCUUGACGACACGGUGGCCAACAGCAACCAGAACAAUAGCAACUGCUCGUCGCCGUCGCGCAUGUCGGACUCUGUGUCACUGACCACAGACAGCAGCCAAGACAACUCCCUGUGCACCCCCGAGAGGGAAGCCAAAAUGCCCUUCCUCCCCAAAAGCAGGCACGAGGAUGAGAACAUGAACCCCUCCAAAGAAACCAGCGAGCUGCUCCGCAAUGGCAAUGGCUCGGAAACGUCCCUCCCGGCACUCCUGAGGGCCCAGCGCGGUGCCACCGAGCCGGCGGGCGACUACGACCUGACAAUGGAAGCCCGACUGGCCUUCAUUGAGAAGGGACUCAAUAACGGCCUGGGAGACGGCUACACCAAGUGGGACCAGAUCAACAUGAACGUUUCGCACCCGCCUACAGACAACACGCUGGAGCCUCAUAAUGCUUUAGCGAGACAAGAGGAGGUGGACGGCGAACGAGAUUUUGACAACCGCCAUUUCCAGAACGGAAACCGGCAGGUUAGUGAUGGGUCCUCGGCCGGCGGCGAGAUGUCUCGCAGCACGGAGGAAAUGUCCCCCGAGAGGAGGUGCCAACCUUCUCAGGUUAGCAAGUCUCAGAGCGUCGGCAACAUGGAAGAGGGUGGCAUGAAAACGUACUCGUUUGACGAUGACGGCACAGCAGAGAGCAGGAUGGCGGCCGGCGGCGGCCCCGCUCCAGCGUCCGCGGCUCAAGGCCAGAGUAUCGUCAGGAGCAAGUCCGCCUCCUUGCUCAACGAUCACACCCUUCAAGUCUACCCAUGCCCGGACCCGCUAAUUCCCUCCAUCCCUCCCAGCAGCACCGGCAGGUACCCAGCGCCCCCCAGCGGUGCCGUCGGCACUUCGCCGCCUCAGUACAACGUCCAGUACUCGAGUAAAGAUGGCACGUGGGCCCAGAGGACACCCGUGCCACCAGAGCGCCAAGGCUACCUCGCCACUGCGGCCCAUCCGCUCGCCAACACCAACUACUCGAAUCGGAAUCAGGCACCGCCCUACCCGCUGCAGCCCCAGCAAAGGGGCCUCGCUGCGGGAUCCAAACUUCCAGGGGACAUGUGGGCCAACGAGAGGCUCCACUCUAGCGGCAACCAGCCCAGUGGAGGCACUCUCCAGCGGCAGAGCAGCACCGCCUCCGUAGGCGAGCCUCGCCGCCUGCAGUUGCCCGAGGGCGACUACCUGACCUACCGGGACAUUCACACCCUCGCCAGGGGACCGCUGGCCAUGAGUCAGGCAGCGCAGCGGCCCAUAUCCACCCGCACGUACAGCAUUGACGUAGCCGCUCCAAUCAGGCCGCCCGGCGUCCGGUCACAACCGCACGAGCUCCCGGAGAGGACCAUGUCGGUCAGCGACUUUCACUAUCCUCACAGCAGCCCCAGUAAGAGACCUAACGUCAGGGUGAAGUCGGAGCACUCGCUCCUGGACGGGCCCGGCGGCCUUGUGUCGGGGACACCGGGAAGGGUGCCGGCCGACUGGAGGGACCAAGUGAUGCGGCACAUUGAGGCAAAAAAGAUGGAAAAGAACGCGCUGUCCCGUUCCUUUAAUUCUUAUAACGCUCCGCUCGGCUGCUCGCCGCACCGCAGCUGCUGCUACGGCAGCUGUAGAGACGUAUUCAGGCCCUACGCCGCCUUCAGCGACGACGUGUUUGGUCCACCUGGGCAGCAGAGCUACACCAUGGACUUCCGCAGAAAAGUGCCUCUGAUGAACGGUCAGGUGGUCUCGUCGGCUCGUCCUCACGUGAGUCAGACGUCCAUGGCCCGCCAUCCCUCCAGAGAGCAGCUUAUCGAUUACUUGAUGCUCAAAGUCUCUCAGCAGGCCCCGCGGCCGCCGCACGAGAUCCAUGUGAAGGUGGAGAAAAAUCCAGAACUUGGUUUCAGUAUAUCUGGAGGAGUGGGAGGUCGUGGAAACCCCUUUCGUCCAGAUGACAAUGGCAUCUUUGUGACCAGGGUCCAGCCCGAAGGUCCUGCAUCCAAGAUUCUUCAGCCUGGUGAUAAAAUUAUCCAAGCGAAUGGCUACAGCUUUGUGAACAUCGACCAUGGAAACGCCGUUUCCCUCCUCAAGACCUUCCCCAGCACUGUGGAUCUGACAAUCGUGAGAGACGUCCAAGCGUAAAUGGCAACGGGGGCGGGUGGGGUGGAAGCGGGAGAGUUAUUUUUGUACACAAGAAACUUUGAAUGUAAGCGUGUUGACGCAGUGGUCGAGAGGACUGCCACUGUGUUUUGCCCCCCCAACCCCAUAAAGAAAAAAAAGGCUGCCGAAGACUUGAGCUGCCCUUCUGUCCGUGACCACUAGGGAGCAGGCUGUUGCCCCCAUUUCCCUUUUUUUAUUUUUUACGGGGAACAUGUUGAAGCAGCAAUAGAGCCGUAUGACAUUACAAUGUUACAUGCUUGGAGAGUGGACGUGAAAUUCAGACACGCAGCCUAGCUCAGCGUGUUAUUCCAUGUGACCAACGCAAGGAUGGUAGUCGGAGUUUUCCAGUCAAAGCGGGUCCACAUUUAAUCCUUUUUUUGCCUUUAUUUUUAAAGUUUGUUCGCACAUUCAUUUGGGAGAGCGCCACUUUUGCCUUUUUUUUUUGGGACCAUUCCCGUUGAUUUGACUCAUGCGAAGAGAAAAGCAAGUGCCACAAGAAGACCUUGAACUGUUUCAACAAGCAAUAUUCACACUUUCCAGCAAUAACGCCUUUUUUUUCCACCUUUAGAUUUUUUUUAAACCCCUUUUAGUAACACCACCAAUGAUUUUACAUGAUUUUAUAAAUGGACAAGAGAGUUUUGUAAUGAAAUAGCACAUGAAAUCUAUAUAUAAGUAUAAAAUAGUGUUGAGAAGAAGAGUCUCUGCGUUUUGUGUAAAUGUGUCACUUUUAUCAAUUAGUUGUAGUUGAGGGCGGGCCGGCAAACGACGAAAGGAUGAGCAUGUUUAACAUCUUGUGCUUGUUUGAAACUGUGUCGUUUAUAUACAUGUCAAACUGUUGUCUUUUUGUAGACAAUUUUGGGAAACUAUUGAUCGUCGUCCACGUGGAUCUGUUUGGGAUGCUCGCGUCUUAUUUAUUUUUAGCAGGCCAAUUCUGUGUUUUAUUAUUUUUUUCAAUGUUAGUAAUCAAAAAGUGUAAAUAUGUACGCACACAGCUGAAUUUGGUUUUUUUCCAAUUGUACAACCAGCAAUAACAAGUUCCAACAGAGAGAGAUGGCACCUGUGUUCACCUGUAGCUAGUAUAUUUCUAUUGACCACAGACGUGCAUCCACGUGGCAUUCCAGAUUUUGUACAUAAUGAAUCGUAUCUGGCCUAACACCUGUGGAAAAUUAAAGAAUGCUCUUUCACACUGUGCAUAA